AGAACGUUUCAGUAUCAACAGCUGUAUGAACCCUUAUGUAUAUCGAAUUGAAUGAAAAUUGUGAUCAGAAUUCGGAACGUCUAUUUGUCUUGGUAUUAAGUUUAAGAACAAAAUAUAGCUUAUUUGUUGCCAACCUACCCUAAUUUUGACUUAGAGAUUAGUGUAAAAACAAUUUAUAUUUUGGCUUUAACAUUCAACAUGGGGCUCACGACGGGUGUGACCGGUCAACAGGGGAUGCCUACUCCUCCCAGGCACCUGAUCCCACCUCUGGUGUGUCCAGGGGUCCGUGUUUGCCCAACUAUCUAUUUUGUAUUGCUUGUAGUAGUUAUGAGAUUGAUCACUGUUCGUUAUCUUCACCUUCCAUUCAAGAAAUGUACUUGUCAAAAACAGGUCAAUUGAAAUUAGUCUGUGAAUUAUGCAGAUCACUUGAAUGUAUUUCAUUUAAAGUAUAUUUUGAGUAUGUUGAUAUUUAUAUGUGUUCUUAAUAAUCAUAAAUUGUGUUCCUAAAUACCCAGACCCUCAACAUCAUGGACACACUAGGUCUCAGCACUCAGCUAAAAGUACGACAAUGUUCUCAAUGCCAGGGGGACACUGAGUUUUACUGUAACACAUGUAAAUGUGAUCUGUGUUUAUAGUGUAAAGAGAAACAUGUCAUUGAUCUACAUACCAAACACCAUGGUGUUGCGAUUUACCGUGAGAAGUUCAAAUGUGUCCCUUUACGAGCGACAUGUGUCAGACAUCCAGACAGAAAAUACAGAAUGUUCUGUUAUCAAUGUAAUUAUUCCGUGUGUAAGAGCUGUACAGACCAUAGAACACACGCAUUGGUGGAUCUUACAACAAUCUAUCAAACAAAACGAAAACAACACAGAGAAAUCAUUGACAACAUCAGAAGUGAGACUCUCUAUAACUGUCGUGUUCUCCUGGCAGGAAUCCAAACUAAUAUUCAAACUUGUUCCCCACAAAUCUGUCACCAUCAUUCACAGAUGUUCACAAAAGCCGAGGGACUGAAGGAUCUGAUUGACACUGCAGUGUGUGAUGUUAAAAAAAGAUACCGAGGUUUAUUGAUUGAUAGAAUACAACAGCAAAAGAGAAACAUGAACAGACACCUCACUCACAUCCAGAACUAUGAAGACAGAUAUGAACAAUCAGCAAACAGAGCGGUACAAUUCCUCUUGUUUAUAAAGACCAGUCGUGUUCCCCAGAUAAAGGACACCCCUAAUCUGCCACAACAUAUGGUGCUGUCCGUAAGUGAGGGAUUCAACUUGGAGGAUGUGAGUCAGUUCUUGAGGCAAAUCCCACAAAUGCAUAUGACAACAAGAAAACGACAAGUAGGAAUAGACGAGUGUGUGAAACUGAUGUCCACACCUGUAUUACACACGUCUGUCUGUGUGACAGGUGUUAGUCGUGUGUUACACAUAUCUCGUGUGAUGCCAGAUGGUGUCUGGGUGCGCGAUUUUAGCAAACUCAUAUUGACAGAUACAACAGGAGACACUAUACACCGUGUGACAAAUAUAGGAACAUGGUAUGGAUGACUAUACACAAUCAACAGCUCUAGUGAACUGAUUUAUAUAGACAGUGAUUAUAAUAUGAAGAAACUGUCUGUAGGCAGUGGAAAUGAAGAAUGCACUACACUGUUAAGGAGACCAUUAUCAUGGAGACCACAGUGUGUGUACUGUUCCCCAUCCACUGGGGAAUUGAUUGUCGGAAUGUUAAACAAUUAUACAGGCAAGGUAAUCCGAUACAGUAGUAGUGGUCAACACAUCCUCACAAUUCAACACGGCAACACAGGUCACACGCUAUAUAAUGUCCCUCACUACAUCACAGAGAAUACGAACGGUGAUAUUAUAGUGUCUGACUGGAUUCAUUAUGACCGUGGUGCUGUAGUGGUGACAGAAAGCAGGGGGCGACAUCGAUUCUCAUACACAGGACCUCCAUCAGGAUCAUCACUAGCACCACAUGGAGUCUGCACAGACGCGCUGUCACACAUCCUGGUGUGUGAUGAUCACACCGACACAGUACAAAUGAUUGACAAGGACGGUCACUUCCUGUCUCUGUUACUGACACGACAGCAUGGGAUAAACAAGCCAUGGGGCCUGAACUAUGAUGAUAAAACUCACCUUCUCUGGGUUGGAUUACGAAACACUAACAUAGUGUCUGUAUAUAGAUAUAUACAAAGGAAGUACUCUCUGACUGAUGAUCCAGACAGAGAUGGACGGAUCACGGAAGUGUCAAGUUAUGAAGAGGUUCAGAAAUCUGGAAGAGAGCUGGAAAUCUGUGAAGAGUCUGAGUGUGAAGAAAACAGUGAGGGUAGCCGCGAGGAAUCUGAUCCUGAUGAAGAGGACACUGCUGAAUCAGGGACCAGGGAAGAUGAUAUUGAAGAGGAAAAAGGAUAACAGCGAUAGUAAAGAAUUAGAGGAAACCAGCGAGAAUGAAGAUGAAUAAGAUGUGUAUGGGUCACCAAAACUGUGUCAAGAUAUGAUUUUCCACUCUUCACCUGAGACAUGUAUGUCAACUGGCCACCACAAAAAGAUAAUUACUUAAUCUUCCACUCUCCACCUGUGUUCCCAAACAUAAUUCAUGAAGAGCCUUAAAAGAAAGCAAUAUAUCACAAGCUGAAAAGACAAAAUCUUGGGACUUUAGCAUUGGAAUACAGUACGGGCAAGCAUCAGCUUUCGGUUUGGAAUUUAAUUCUAAGUUGAGUGAAUCCUUUUGAUGACACCGAAGAGAUUCCACAAACUUAAUUGUCUUUGGUCCUGUUGAUGAGAACAAGGAAAACAUUGACCCCAGUGUGCAAUACAAGUGUUGUGAAAACAGUUUUAUGUUUGUAUAAGAAUUUGUAUAGACCUUUAGUUUAAUGUUUGUAUCAGAAAUUUUGUAUAUUACAACAUUUAUUUUGAUGAUUGUAUCAGAAAUUUUGCAUAUCAGCACAUUUAGUUUGAUGAUUGUAUCAGAAAUUUUGUAUAUUACUGCAUUUAGUUUGAUGCCUAUCAUAAAUUUUGUACAUUAAUACAUUUAGUUUGGUAUUUGUAUCAGAAGUUUUAUAUAUCACUACAAUCAGUUUGAUGAUUGUAACAGAAAUUUUGUAUUUUACUACAAUUUGUUUGAUGAUUGGAUCAGAAAUUUUGUAUAUUACAAUAUUUAGUUCGAUAUUUGCAUUAGAAGUUUUGACAAACUUAGAUCUCCGGUUUCUUGUAUAGUUGUCAUUAACAUUGCAUUGUUUAAAGAAUGUUAUAUCAGAAUAUAAUACUGUCAAGU